UCUGAAGCAUCUGCAGGCAGUCAAGGAAGAGUGCUCGGCUCCCAGCUCCUCCCGUCUCCUCCAGCCUCGAACUCCAACCCGCAGCAAAGAUGUGCAAAGGUCUGGCGGGGCUGCCCGCUUCCUGCCUGCGGAGCGCCAAGGACAUGAAGCACCGGCUGGGGGUGCUGCUGCAGAAGUCGGAUUCCGGUGAACACGGCUCCUCCCACAGCAGGAGAGACAAGCUGGUGGUCUGUCCCAGGGUGAGCCAAGAGGAAGUCAAAAAGUGGGCCGAAUCACUGGAAAACCUGAUCAGCCAUGAAUGUCAACCUGGACUCCGGCACCAGGGAGCAGACCCGCCGGAACCUGCUGGCGCCCACGGCCACCUGCUUUGACGAGGCCCAGAGGAAGAUCUUCCACCUGAUGGAGAAGGACUCCUACCGCCGCUUCCUCAAGUCUCGCUUCUACCUCGCGCUGGCCGACCCGU